GUCCUGGGCGGCCUCUCCCAGACGGACUCCCGUGACUACAGCUUGGUGACAGCCAGCUGUGGCUUUGGCAAAGAUUUCCGCAAGGGCAUCCUCAAGAAAGGCAUGUGCUACGGGGAUGACGCCUGCUUCGUGGCCCGGCACCGGUCGGCAGAUGUGCUGGGGGUAGCAGAUGGUGUAGGUGGCUGGAGAGACUAUGGGGUUGACCCUUCUCAGUUCUCAGGGACUCUAAUGCGAACAUGUGAACGUUUAGUAAAAGAAGGACGGUUUGUACCAAGUAAUCCUGUUGGGAUUCUCACCGCAGGUUAUUGUGAGCUGCUGCAGAACAAAGUACCUUUGCUUGGAAGCAGUACAGCUUGUAUAGUAGUUCUGGACAGAACAAGUCAUCGUUUACAUACAGCCAACUUGGGAGAUUCUGGAUUUUUGGUAGUCAGAGGAGGAGAAGUAGUACAUCGAUCCGAUGAGCAGCAGCAUUACUUCAACACUCCGUUCCAACUGUCAAUAGCUCCACCAGAAGCAGAAGGAGUUGUCUUAAGUGACAGCCCUGAUGCUGCUGAUAGUACUUCUUUUGAUGUCCAACUUGGAGACAUUAUUUUGACUGCAACAGACGGACUGUUUGACAACAUGCCUGACUACAUGAUUCUGCAGGAGUUAAAAAAGCUGAAGAACUCGAACUAUGAGAGUAUACAGCAGACUGCGAGAAGCAUUGCUGAGCAAGCUCACGAGCUGGCAUAUGAUCCCACUUACAUGUCACCAUUCGCACAGUUUGCAUGUGACAAUGGAUUGAAUGUGAGAGGGGGAAAACCAGAUGACAUCACCGUCCUUCUUUCUAUUGUAGCUGAGUACACAGACUGAUCUGCCCGGAGUGUCAGCUUCUGACGUGUUCGUUAUCCCCGAGCUCCCAGCUUCACAUGUACGGUUUCCUGCUGGCAGGAUUGCUUUCUUCCUUUGCAGCUGAUCUCAGCAGCCGGUUCUCGAGCUCGUUGCCUGUCUUGAGAUGCAACUGAAGUCCUUGUUCAGAACCACUCUCGUAGUACACUGGUCUCUGUCUGCCAGCAAGAAAUGAAGAAGCUCAAGGCUUGAAGCAUGUCUUUCAGAGCUUAGGCGUUCCCCUUAAAAGGGGGAGGAUCAAUCCCGCAUCGUUACUGCGUUUGAAAUG